AACGAGUCAACCCAUCUAGACUACAGCCGCAAAACCGACUCGCGUGAUCUAGCUAGGUCCCCGCAAUAAUAAAGUCAGAGAUAACGGCCUGCCCACUGCGCAGCGCGCUCCACUCCAGCCAGCUUCACUGCAGCAUCACUCAUCAUUCCGUGAGCUCCGGCCAAGGAUCCAGCCUCUAUCUGCCACUUCAUUAAACCUACGAUAUAAAUAUCACAUCAAAAGACCCUGAUCGUCCUGUUUCUUUGUCCACUAGUCCUUACUAGACGGAUCUUCGACCACUAGCGUGGAAUAUCACCCUUUUCUAUCCCAUGGAAUCGAUGCUUGCUUCGACUGUUGAUCUCAUGGCUCGUCGUUUCUUCCCAGGACAUAGCGCCGCUUUGGGCCUGAGUCUGUUCCUCUUUCUGUUUAUGUUCCUUCCGACGCUCGUGGUCUUGCUAGCUGUCGUGGUAUUCUUCCUGUUCUACUAUCCUCGUCUUCAGAAGCCGUCGUCGCAUGAUCGUUAGCAUCUGUUUUGGAAGCAGACGCUUGGUAUGUAUACUACAAUAGUCAUGAGAUUGUCGAUGCUGAUCAUGUUUUAGUACAAUAUAAUAUAUGGAAUACGGAGUUUACGACAUGAUACCACCGG